GAGCGGCGCGGGAGGAAGCGGAAAUGCGUGACCACUUUAAAGGUGUUGUCCCGCCCAUCCGCCCUCUCUUUCCGUCUCCGGCCGCCAUUGGGAGAGGAGCCGCCGCCAUGUCCGCGCACCUGCAAUGGAUGGUGGUUCGGAACUGCUCCAGUUUCUUGAUCAAGAGGAAUAAGCAGACGUACAGCACGGAGCCCAAUAAUCUGAAGGCCCGAAACUCCUUCCGCUACAACGGGCUGAUUCACCGCAAGACCGUCGGAGUGGAGCCCGCGGCUGAUGGCAAAGGGGUCGUGGUGGUUAUGAAACGCAGAUCCGGUCAGCGAAAACCUGCCACUUCUUACGUGCGGACCACCAUCAACAAGAACGCUCGGGCAACCCUCAGCAGCAUCCGGCACAUGAUCCGGAAGAACAAGUACCGCCCUGAUCUGCGAAUGGCGGCCAUCCGCAGGGCCAGUGCCAUCCUUCGAAGCCAGAAGCCUGUGGUGGUGAAGAGGAAACGGACCCGUCCCACCAAGAGUUCCUGAGCCCCACACCCCAGAAGCAAUAAAGAGUCCACUGACUUGUUCACUUGUA